CACUGUCUGCUUUAUAAAGGCAGGCCACACCAAAGGAGUGAAGUUACACAGACUGGCCCUUUAAACUCCCUGUCAGCUCAGAUUCGACCAAUCUGUGACAUUUUCUCUCUGCGUCUGAUAUUUGAGGUUUUGAUCUCAGAAGAGUUUGUGAUUUUUGUUUUGUUCUGCGGUCGUCAAUGGAUUUGUCAGACUUUCCCUUCCCUCUCUCGUCGGCUGAUGACCUCUAUGACCCCUGCUUCAACACCAGUGACCUGAACUUUUUCGAUGACCUGGACGCACGGCUGACGCACGGCGGCCUGCUGAAGUCGGAGGAUCAUCUCCAUCACCACGUGCCAACAGCGGAGGAGGAGGACCAGCACGUGAGGGCCCCCGGGGGCCUCCACCAGGGGGGCCACUGCCUGCUGUGGGCCUGCAAGGCCUGCAAGAGGAAGACCACGCACGCCGACAGGAGGAAAGCGGCGACGAUGCGGGAGAGACGGCGCCUCAGUAAGGUGAACGACGCGUUCGAGACGCUGAAGCGCUGCACGGCCUCCAACCCCAACCAGCGGCUGCCCAAGGUGGAGAUCCUGCGGAACGCCAUCAGCUACAUCGAGUCCCUGCAGGCGCUGCUGCGGGCCGGCCAGAGCGACGGCGGCGAGGGCUUCUACCCGCAGCUGGAGCGCUAUGGCGGCGAGUCAGACUCCUCCAGCCCCCAGUCCAGCUGCUCCGACAGCACGAUGGAUUUCAUCUCUCCGUGUUCGGCCAGCAGUGAAAACGGAAAUACUUCCUGUGGAAAACAAAGGGCAGAUGGUUGCAGCAGCAGCAGCAAGUCGUCGCUCAUUUCCAGCUUGGACUGCCUGUCCAGCAUCGUGGAGCGGAUCAGCACCGACCGGGCCGUGGCCCCGGCCGGGGACAGCGUGGUCCCUCAGGGGCCGAACCCUCACGACGGCCCGGGCGUCUCUUCCUCACCUGCAGAUCUCGGCAGCAUCUACGAGCCAAUCUCAUCCUGAUGGAGCCAGCAGCGCCCCCUGCUGCACGGACUGACCCAUUACCUCCAUUUUUAAGGAGGAGAACUCUAAAUUAUUCCUGAUUUCUGAAGUAAGCCACUGAAAUAGCUGCAUUUUCUUAUGGAUGAAACAGUUUUCCCUGAAGUUUUUCACAUUUUAGCUGAAAAAAUGAAUUCUGCUGUCUGUUUUUAAGCAUCCAGGAUUCCUGGAGACGACCUUUUACACGUGAUUCCUGCUGAUAAGAACUGAGGACCAUUAGCACAUCUGACUAGUCACGCUAUGUCAACAAACAAAAAACACAUUUAAAGUGUUGGAGUGAAUGUCUGUAUGAUAUUUAAGAGCUGAUGAAAUCUUAAUAAACAUAUUUAUAUUGUCA